UCCGUCACUGACAUCCUUAUAUACGAAAUAUGUUCCAGCUUCAAAAGUAGGCGAAUUGCUGGGUGCCCUAGGCUUACUAGAUGCAAUCUUGCGUAUAGUUGGGCCUACUACUUUUGAUCUAUUAUAUAGCGCACUUGUUCUUAUUGAUCCUCGUUAUGUUUGGCCAUGUUUUACGGGAAUACUUAUUUUCGGAUGUUUAUUGACAUUUGGAGUUAAUCCCAAAUUAAAAAGUGGAGAG